AUGGCAUUCUUUAACAACUUCAACAAACCUGCUGCUACUGCCUCACCAUUCUCAAUAGGAGGUGGCACGAACUUUGGUGCUGCUGCUCCUCAGCAGACUGGAGGAUUCGGAAACACAGGAGGUGGAUUCGCAGGAUUCGGCGCAACAGCUCAACCAACUUCAACGUUUGGAGGUGGAUUUGGAACACAGACAUCUACUGCCACACCUUUUGGUGCCUCGGGAGGAUUCGGUGGUGCAACAGCUGCCCCUGCUUCAACUGGUUUUGGUGGCUUUGGUUCGGCAGCGACCUCUUCUACACCGUUUGGUACCGGUGGCGCUUCGUCAUCCCCCUUUGGUGCAGCGACAACCCAACAACAAGCAGCUCCCUUUGGUGGCGGUGGUGCUGCAACCAGCACAUUUAACGUAUUUGGAAACUCUGGCUUUGGUGCAGGUGCAACUACACAACAACCUACAUCAACAUUCACAUCAAACAAUCCAUUCGGAGGAGCAACUAGUGCAACUACAACAAACUUUGGCUUUGGAGGCGCUCCAUCAACUCCAAGUCAAACAUUCUCCCUUGGAACGACACCAGCCCCAACACAGACAACGGGAUCAAUGUUUGGUGGCUCGACAAUGUUGGGUGCACCAGCCACCUCUGCAUCGACAUUUGGCGGCUUUGGUGGCGCUCAACCAUUCCAACAGCAGCAACAGCAACAACAACAGUUCAAUAUCACAGGCACCACCGAGCCAAUCUACAGCAACACAGAGGACAAGUCCGCCAAUGUAGUGCUGUGUGUCAUCACGGCCAUGGAUGCAUACAAGGAUAAAUCGAUCGAGGAGCUCAGACUGAUGGACUACAAGAAGAAGGAGCAAGGUGGUGGUAUGCAGGCCGGCAAUGCCUUUGGCGCAAUGACCACUCAGACUCAGAUGUCCUCACCUUUUGGCAACUCAAUGGGCACGACCCUGGGCGCAGGAACAACCCUGGGUAGCGCCGGAACGACUCUGGGCGGAGGCACGUCCCUUGGCGGUGGAAGCUCCCUGUUUGGUUCGUCCUUGGGUGGAGGAACGUCACUGGGUGGAUUUGGAACCAAUCCAUCGAGUGCCACGAACCCAUUCGGGGCCACCACAUCAAUGGGCACAGGUAACACUGGCAUGCCAUUUGGUGCCUCAAGCGCGACUACUGGCCAGUCGCAACCGUUUGGCGCAUCAUCCUCGCCAUUUGGCGCCACAACACAGACCUCGACAACGUCACCAUUUGGCUCGACUCCCGCCACCACUGGCUCCAGUCUGUUCCAAGGAUUUGGUGCCACAACACAGCAGGCUCCACAGACGCCAUCGACCAAUCUCUUUGGAGGCACAUUCGGAAAGCCUGCCGCCACCGCUCAGCCCACCACCUCACUGUUUGGUGCCACAACCACACAACAGCCAGCAAACUCACUCUUUGGUGGUGGUGGCCUGACAUCACAGCCGGCACAGAACACCACUUCGCCAUUUGGUGCACAGACAUCGACCAAUCUCUUUGGAGGCCUUCAGCAACAACAACAACAACAACAGCAACAACAAAGCGCAGCACCAUCGUUGGGCUCCACCUCCCUGUUUGGCUCAAGCACAGCACAACCAGCCACUAACAAUCUAUUUGGCAUGGGACAGACAUCGAAUGCACAGUCACUCUCGGCUCCCUCCUCAAGCCUGUUUGGUGGCCUAGGCAGCACAGGCAGCGGAACAUCGUUUGGUGCACCAAGCACAAACAACCAACAACUUGGCAGCUCGGCAACACCAUCGCUCUCACUCUCCUCGACGCCAUCGACCGGCUUUGGAUUGGGAGGAGGCGGCGGUGGUUUGUUUGGCAAUAUGGGUGGCUCAAACACCCUGCUCGGCGCCAACUCAUUCCAAACACAACCUCAACAACAAUUCAACACCUCUGCCCUUGGCAACCAACCAUCGAUGAUCAUGGCCACGUCUCAACAGCAGCAACAACAGCAAUCAGUACAAAUCAACAACUCGAUCACAUCACAAGCACCUUACUACCCAGUGGCCCCACCACAAAACCUUCAAAGCCUCCUCAAAACAAUCCAGGCAUCGCCCUCCUCCUCGGUCUCGGCCGUCCAGGUCAAGCCAUACCACACGUACACACCCAGGUCCUCUGCCAAGCUCGUGCCCCGUCGUGUUAUCGGCUCGUCCAGUCACGGCGUAGACUUUGAAGAAGGCAUCGGAUCACAAUCCGUCAACCUCCAAAACUCCACCUCCUCCACGGCCACGCCAUCGCUCACGCUGGACAAGUUUGUAACAAAGUACAGCAAGACACUGAGCAUCAACACUGCCAAUGAGACCGAGGAGUCACUCAAGGGCAAUGGCCCCUCUUCAUCCUCACUCAACGGCUCAUCCUCCUCCUCACACUCACUCUACCCCAACCUCAACCUCAACAACGAGUCCUCGUCAUCAUCAUCGUUCUCCAAGUCGACUGCGCCACACUUGAACAUCAACUCAGCAUCUCCCCCAAAGGGCAACCACUUUAGCGACAUGUCCAAUGGCAGUGGCAUUGGCAGUGGCAGUCUCAACGGAAUGAACAACUCGUCAUCAGGCCAGUCAUCGUACACAUCACCUGCACUGGGCACCAACCUGUCAUCGGGCAGCGUUGGCAUGCAAUCCCCAGUGCUCACCAACAAGCAACAGAUCAACAGCCAUGCACCAAAGUUAACCAAGCCAACCUACUCCUGUCGCCCCCCCAUUCAGGAGCUUCAAAAACUGUCCGACAAGGAGCUGGCAAGUGUUCGCGACUUUAUUAUCGAGCGACAGGGCUAUGGCUCCGUCCUGUUCCUGGGCGACGUUGAUGUGCGCGACAUUGACAUUGACUCGAUCGUCACGAUUGACACAAGAGAGAUCUCGUUGUAUCCAGACGACUCAAAGAAGCCACCCGUAGGACAGGGUCUGAAUCGCAAGGCCAUGGUCACACUUGAGCAAUGCUGGCCACUCAAUGCCGAUGGAAACUACCGUCGCUCAGAUCUUGACCUGGCACGAUACGAAGCGGCUCUCAAGAAACGAGCAAAGAAGGACGAGAUCCAGUUCCUAGAGUACGAGAGACAAACUGGCAUUUGGAGAUUCAAGGUGGAGCACUUUAGCAAGUACUCUGCUCCCGAUGGAUUGGACGACGAGUCACCCGCGAUGGAGUACACACCAGUCAACCAAGCACAGCAAUAUCAGCAACAGCAGCAGGUUGAGGUGGCCAAGCAAAAGCCAAAGUUCUCUGCCACUGUGUCCUUUGACCUGGAGGACAGCAACGAGGGAAUGUCACCAGUGCGUUCAAUGGACGACGAGUAUGAGGCCCCUCAAAAGAAGAUCAUCAAGACUCCAUUCAUCAAGAGAACCAUCCCAAUGCGUAGCAUCGAUAGAAGCAAUGAGGGAUUAUUCACAGUCGAUACAACAUCUGGCCAAUCCAACGAUACCUUCCAAUCACUUGUUUUUGACAACAGUCCUUUGUCCUCGCCUACUCUCCACAAAGGUUUGUACAGUUGA